AUGCUUAUAAUGAUGCUAUUGGGAAACACUCAUGGCCAACAACAAGCAUCUAGUAAUUCUUCUCUAACAACAGCGACAAUGACAGUAAAUGCAGGCACGUCACAAAGGUAUACGAUCAAAGAUCAUCAUAAAGAGGAAGAGGAGGCAGAGAUCAACGACAAGCCAACAAAAACGUUAUAUUUCGACUCGCUUCCAUCGUCUACCACCACUAUUGUCGUCCUAACUACAUCCUUACCGUCAUUACGAGAAAAGGAUCCUCUCAGACAAAGACGUCCACAUAUCAUUUUCUCAUCUUUUGUAUUAAUGUUCUCUGGCGUUUUCAUGUUGAGUUUUGGAUUUCCUUUCUUCAGAAUAACUAUGGCACUUGUUGGUGGGGCUGUUGGCUGUGUCAUUUGUUGGACUGCUCUUCAAGCCCGAGAACCUAUUAAUAAUUAUCCAAACUCUGACAAUCUCUAUUUUGGUGUCUGCCUCAGCGCUGCCGUUAUAUUAGCUAUUGUUUUUAUCAACAUGUACAAAGUAGGCUUAUAUUCUCUUUGCAUCGUGUCAGGUAUUUUAUUUCCGCUUUAUAUAUGCUGCUGGAGAGAAGACUUCUUGAUCCAAAACUUUGUUCAUCGCAGUUUAUUCACGUUGGUUUUCAUGCUACUGUUUCUGCUGGGGUUGAUUUUCCUCGAAUUUGCUACUGUGAUUGUCUCCAUGGCGCUCUUGGGUAGUUAUCUGUUCAUAGUAGGGUUGGAUCUCAUCAUCCGAACUGGAUUCAAUACGGGCCUGACCAUUCUUUUGGACUUUAAUGAUUGGAGGAAUAAGCACAGUACUUAUCAUCUUAAUUUGCUCUCAAAAAGAAAUGCCAUGGACGAAUAUCACCCGGAUGACUGGCGGGUGCGUACUAUGUUAGGAUCUGUUUUGGGUAUAACGAUAUUGUCCAUCCUCUUUCAAAGAUGGUACAAUAGAGGAAAUCGAUUUGGCCUUCGUAUAGUCCGGAAUUCUAAUGAUACUUUGCAUAAGCACAAGUAA